AUGCUGUCCAUCACACCUCAGGGAGAUCACCACAGCCAGUCCCUCUACCUCCCCUUCAGACCGUUGUCUUCCUCGCCUCGCUCCGUCACCGACCUGCCCUUCCUCACCACCCUCGCCAGCAGCAUGGGCCACAGCCUCCACCACGCCGGCAACUCCACGGCCUCGACGACAGCAUCCAUCAAGGACUCGGCCAGUGUAGCCCAGGCCCUCGAGAUCGCCCGCGAGAGCCCCGAUGGCGCCUCGGACCCGACUGUCAGCAGCAUCCUGGAGAGUGCUAUCAGCCAGAUCUGGUCCAAGGUCACCUCCCAGCCGGAGUCGUACGUCCUGAGCCGUGACGAGUUCGCCGUCUUCAACUACUUCCAGCACCGAUUCACCGGCAACAAGGUGGCCAUGGCCGCCCGCAAGCGUUACUGGGAUAACGCCCGCGCGUGA